UCAAAGAGUAUAUUUAAUUGAGUGGUUGAUCAAUUCCUAAGGUCUCAGUAGUUGAUUAUUUCUCUUCGAGGUGAGAGUUAUUUCUUUAUUGUUAAAUCAUUAAUUCCCAAUAUAAGAAAUAAAACUAGCCUAUAAAUUAACACACAAUUCCAAAUGGAUAAUUUUAAUUUUAAUUAAUAUCUUAUUAAUAAAAAUAUAGUACAUAUACACAAAAUACAGCCACCAAAGCUGAUAAGACAAAAACACAAACCCGGGAAACCAGACAAAAUGAACAAUCUACCCAUUUUCGUAUUUAUCAUCAUAUUACAAAGCUUAAUCUUGUCUAGUUCUUGUCUCUAUCAAAAUUCUUCACACAAUAUAUUACAAGACUCAUCUCCAUUUCCUUCUGAUUUCCUUUUUGGCACUGCGUCUUCUGCUUACCAGUAUGAAGGCGCGUUCUUGACCGAGGGGAAAGGAUUGAACAACUGGGAUAUAUUUACACAUGAAAACCCUGGAAAAAUACGUGAUGAGAACAAUGGAGACAUGGCUGUGGAUCAAUAUCAUCGAUUUAAGGAGGACAUCCAGUUAAUGACUUCCCUUGGGGUCAACGGUUACAGAUUUUCAAUUUCAUGGUCUAGAGUCUUACCACGAGGAAGAUUUGGAGGCAUUAAUUAUUCGGGAAUAAAGUAUUACAACAGAUUAAUCGAUGCUCUCAUUAGUAGAGGGAUUAAGCCAUUUGUGACACUGAACCAUUUGGACUACCCUCAAGAACUUGAGAACCGGUUUCAAAGUUGGUUAAGCCCGGAGAUGCAGAAUGAUUUUGGGUACUUGGCUGAUAUAUGUUUUAAACAUUUUGGUGACCGAGUUAAACAUUGGACAACAUUAAACGAACCAAACCAACAAAUAAUCCUCACCCAUCUAAAAGGCACCUUUCCACCAUCCCGCUGCUCCUUACCGUAUGGAAACUGUAGUCAGGGGAACUCGGAAAGGGAACCAUUCAUAGCUGCACAUAACACGAUCCUCGCACACGCAAAGGCGGUUCACAUUUAUCGGAGUAAAUAUCAGGUAAAACAAAGGGGGAUCAUUGGCAUUGUGGUGCAAACAUCAUGGUUUGAACCCAUUAGCGAUUCCAUCGCAGAUAGAGAAGCUGCAGAGAGAGCUCAAUCUUUUUAUUCCAAUUGGAUUUUAGAUCCAAUUAUAUAUGGGAAAUAUCCAAAAGAAAUGGUGAAUGUACUUGGAUCGGCCUUGCCACGGUUUUCUAGGAAGGAAAUGGAGAACCUAAAACAGUUAAGAUUAGAUUUUAUUGGCAUUAAUCACUAUACAAGUUACUUCAUUCAAGAUUGCUUGUUCUCAACUUGUAAUGCUGGAGAUGGAGCUUCUAAAGCACAAGGAUUUGCACUGAAGUUAGACCGAAAAGGCAAUGUUUCCAUCGGAGAACUUACGGAUGUAAACUGGCAGCACAUUCAUCCUGAAGGGUUCCGAAAGACAUUGAACUACCUAAAAAAUAGGUACCACAACAUACCGAUGUUCAUAACCGAAAAUGGUUUUGGAGACCUGCAAAAACCCGAGACAACACUAACAGAACUUCUAAAUGACACAAAAAGGAUACAAUACAUGAGUGGAUACUUGGAUGCGUUGCAGUCAGCAAUGAGAGAUGGAGCAAAUGUGAAGGGCUAUUUCGCAUGGUCACUAUUAGAUAACUUUGAGUGGUUGUAUGGAUACAAGCUUAGAUUUGGGCUAUUCCACGUGGAUUAUACAAGUCUCAAAAGAACACCGAAACUUUCAGCUUCAUGGUAUAAAAACUAUAUUGGAGAGCAUAUUAGAAGAAAAUAUUAUUAGACAUAAAUGUCUGGUAUUUUUAGCUUAUGUACAGCAAGAAGCUCAAUGCCAUAUUGUGUCACAGCUGCUGUUUCUUUCUCACCGACUAAUAUUUUUCAUGUACUAUAUCUCAUAAAUCUCCAAAUUACAGUAAUAAUUGGGAGGAAAAACUGACAAGAAAUGCUCAUCAUUAUUAUUUUUUUCUUUUUAUAAUGAUGAUAAACAGGGCCGGCUCAAAAAUUGCUUGGGUCCUGUGCAAUAUAUAAAACAUAAACAAAAUGUGGUGUAUUAAUUAUGUUUGUGAAAUUUUGGGUCCUAUUUUACAAAUUUGGACUCUAAAAUGCAAAGAAAAAUAUAAUUAAUAGGACCGGAUCCGCAGACCUUUAAAUGGAGUUUUGGGCCACUGACAAAAAAAGGCUUAAAGUUAUGUCCACAUGUGCAUCGUGGAACUUUGCGAGUCUGUGACAAUUCCACACGUGAAUCUUCAACAAUUGUGUCAUUUCUCUCCUUUCUCAACUAUCACAACUACAAAAUCUUCUACAGACAAAAAAAAAUAGAAAGGAAACUAUCAAAUGUCUGGUGGAGUAGCAACAACAUUCUCAAUUUGCCACUUGAUAAAAGUCGCUUAAUAAUUGGUUUAGUAAUCUAGAAGAAUCGUAUAAUUUGAGAAGGAAACGGACUACUAGCACAAUUCACCGCUCUAAAUAUCAUCCAUUCAUCUCAAUCUCUAGUGGAGCAGUAAUGGAUUUUGUUAGUUGAUAAUAUCUAUAUAUAUAGAGGGGAGUUUUCUCUCACCUCCUUGCGCCAAGUCAUCAUGGAGAUAGGGGCUUUUGUCGACACGUGUCAGCACCUGGGUCGUUUUGCGUUUAUUUUUUUUUGUUUUGUUUCUUGUGCUGUCUAAAACGGGGACUGAAUUGGGCUUUGGCGCAUGAAACCCAAUGUAGAGCCCAGUCUUCUUCACAUCUCGACCCACAAGCGCAUUAGGGUUUACUCCCAUUUUCUUCUUGCGGCACGAACUCACCAACGAAACCACUGUUCUGAUAACUUUAUCGUCAAAAGAUAUCAUCAUUUUGAUCUCAAUGAUUCCAUUAGAACUUCAUAUCGUGUCAUCGGUGGAUUAUUCAAAUCCAAAAGAUUCCAUUUUUUUCUCAUUUUGGUAUAUGAUUUUUACAAAGCAAACGAAAGAGAAAAAUUAAGUUUUAAUAUAUUUUUAUAACUUCUCUCUGUUCAUUCACAUUCCAGAAUGCGAAGAUGACGACUACCACGAAGAAAGACAGCAAAACAGAGCAAAACCAAGCCGCAACGGCGGCUCUUCCACUACUCCAAGUCGCUGCCACAACCGCCGCAGUAACUAGAACUACCAACACACUCUAACGCCUCUCCACCACAACGGAAAUAGAAAACAACAUGACUCCGACGACGAAUACGGAGGAGCAGUCUCCUGCAACAAGUGUCGUCCUCACCACUCUCACCGCGACAAUUCUCCAUCGUGCCUCUAGAAAGCCACAACAACAACCCUUCCUUCAUCUCAAGCCCCAACCUCAAAAUCAAAUCCAUCUUCCAAUCGGAGAAGCCCCAAACCCUCUUCCGCCGCUUCCCUUCCGCCGCGGUCUUCCUCCUCCUCCGCCUCCGUCGCAGACGCUUCCAGAGAAGA